CACCCUGUCAUUUCGAAACCAAGCGGGGGAAAACAAAGCGGACUCGUGCAGUCGUGACGCCAUGCCUCAGCGAGUGAUGCUGGAGGGGGCGGGGCCAGGCGCCCAGGUACCAGCACACCUGACCAGCGUUCCCAUCUCGCUCAUCGGCACCAACACAGACUACUCCGACAAAACAGUCAAGGGGAAAGUGGUCCGUAAAGGCCCGCUGGUGUCGUUGGCGUCUGACAACUUCAUCCUGAAGACUGUCAUUGAAGGUAACGCUCCAGCGUCUGUGUGUCUGUGUGCAUCAGCUGUUCGAUUGUUCCUGGAUGAGCUGCAGGAUCUGACCACAGGAAGUUUUCUUUCCACAGACUUGUGCUCCACCCUGAAGAUCACCGAUCAGUCCAACCAGAAGAUCGGCUGCACUGUCUUCUGUGAGAAGCUGGAGGACCAUCCCAAAGUCUUUCAAGUCGGAGACAUCGUCCGCCUGCACAGAGUCAAGGUCCAGUUCUUCAAUAACUCCAUGACGCUGGUCAACACCUUCGGUUUCUCCGUGCUGGCGUUUGACGGGGUGGAGGGCGGAUCCAUGGAGCCGCGGACCUCCAGCCGCUCCUUCCACUUGGACCAGGAGGACCGUCGGACCGUGGAGGAGCUGAGAUCCUGGACCUCCAGCCAGGCCCUCCUCCCCCCGGUUCCCACAAACACUCUGUCUGCCGCUCAGCCCAAAGCUUACUUCGACCUGACCUGCCAGCUGCUGACCAAAGCUCCCAUCGACUCCUCGUGCACCCUGCUGAGGGUGUGGGACGGGACCCGGUGUGCUCACACUCUGCUGAAGGUGAUCGUUGAGCAGAACGUCACGGAGGGACCGUCCUCCUUCUCUAAAGGGAGAGAGAGCCUCAUCGCCAGCGUCCUCGUCUACGACAACCACGUGGAGUCGGCCAAGCAACUCAAGCCGGGGGACUUCCUGAGGAUCUACAACCUGCGAGCGAUCCCAGGAUCCAGUAAGGUACCGGGCAGGAGCCAGUCGGAGGAAGAGGGGGGGGAUCACCUGUUGUUCCACCUGCACGGGGGGACGGCGUACGGCAAGGGGAUCCGGGUUCUCCCAGAAAACAGCCAGGACGUGCAGGAGCUGAAGAGAGUGAUGGAGGCCGUCCCAGAGGAGGCCGAGGACGACUUCUCCGAGCUGAAUGACUCCCUGCUGAUGGAGGUCUGGAGCACCCCCCCACAGUCUCCCGCGGCUGAGACGACAGAGUGCAGCACAGAGAGAAGCUGUGGUCACGACACGCAGCCGGUGACGCUGUCCGAGCUGAAGCGGUCCGAUCCGGGUCAAGUUCACCACGUCAGAGUCCAGCUGAGAUCCUACGAGCCCCACAGACUCCACCAGGCUCUGAAACUCUACUGCAGCAAGUGCACCAAGAUGCAGGACGUCCCAGACGAUGACCUGGUUGCGGGUCUCUUCUCCGAGGCGUCCCAAGAGUCUGAACCUUGCAUCUUCCCGCGGUGGGCGCUCUCUGGACGGGUCCUCGGGUCCGGAAAUUCCCCGACGUUCCCGAGACGAUCUCUGAGUGUACACCUGUCCACGCAGCUCCUGUGUGAGGACAAAACCAGAGAGCUCAUCUUCCUCAUGGGUUCGACUCUGGAGGAAACGUGCCGACUCGCCGCCGGCUACCAGAACAUCGUCCCCGUGACGUCAUCGGGAGGUCGCAUGACUCUGCUCGACCUGUCGGCACCGUUCCUGUUCAGAGGCAGGAAGAGAUACUACGGGUGUAAGCGGUGCUCCGAGGUCACAGUGAGGGAACCUUCGUGUGCCGAAGGAGUCGAGCUGAUCGAUGAGAAGAUUGUUGCAGAAGCUCUCGGCGUUCAGCUGCUGCAGUUCGUCCUGCUGAUGAAGCUCGAGCUGCAGGACGCCACCGACACGCUGGACGUCUUCCUGUGGAGAGACGCCGAGUUGUUCUUCGGCGUGUCGGCGGAGGACGUAGCGGCCAAUCAGGAGGCUCAGAACCGCAUCCGACAAACAAUGGACUCCCUCUGUCCAGCAGGGGGCAGCGCAGGUGAGCGUCCGUGGAUGGAUUUGUGUCUGACGGCGUACCGAGCAGAGGUUGAAGCGGGACAGAACCAAACCUGCUACCAGAUCUUCCAGAGCACCGUCACCAAACCCGCCUCCACGCCCUCCGACGGGUCAACGGUCACCGGUUGAGUCCUGCAAGGAAGAAACAUUUCCAAACAUUUACGUUUUUUUGGCCCUUUUUUUUUUUUUUAGAUUUUGUGGAUUUUAUUUGUAUUUAUUGUGUAAAACUAAAUAAAUGUAGAUAAAAAAUGUUGCUGCAAAAAUGUUUUAAACUGCUGACUGACAUGUUUCAAUAAAGAAAUUUACUUUUUACGACAAACUCUUCACUCGGAGCAUGUUUAUAGUGCUCAUCUGUGAUGUUGCGUCGCCAUCUGCUGGUCAUCCGACAACACGAUGCACUUUAUAAAAGACUUGUUUUCAUCCUUAAAGAAUAUAUAAAUAGAGCAAACACAAAUGGUAAGUAGCCAUCCUUUAUACACUUAUUUAUAUAUUCUUAUUUCUUUAAAUACGUCCUUUAAAGCAGGAAGUGUCCUGUUUGUUGUCCAGGGAGAAUAUUUUUAGACUUCUGGUGCAUUUUCUUGUCUUCAUUCUUCUCUGAAGUGUUGUCACUGUUACUUUUUCUCCCUGUUUCUCUAGAGCAGCGGUUCCCAAACGUUUUAGGCCACGCACCCCCUUCUACAUC